AUACAAGGAGUGACAAAGUUGAACUAGUGAUUACAGAGGUAGUAUUGAUAAUAUACGAGAUAAAGUAUAAUACAAUGUUACUUCUGUCGGAUAAUAUAGACGUUACACCACACAUCUAACGUUUUAACUAGUAUUAAGCUAUAGAUGUAGAUGAACGAUAUAACGUUACUGUCAUCAGCCCCCGUGGCUGGGGCAACUGCCACACCCAGUAUAGGUAAACCAGGAAGUAACAGCAAAUCACCACAUUGUAAAGUAUGCGGUGACGAAUCAUCAGGUUUUCACUAUGGAGUAGAUUCUUGUGAAGGAUGUAAGGGAUUUUUUAGAAGAUGUAUAACUCAAGGAAUGACACAUAAAUGUGCGAACGAAGAAAAAUGUGAAAUAACUCCGUUCACAAGAAAUAGUUGCCAGUAUUGUCGAUUGAAAAAAUGUUUUGAAGUGGGCAUGUCCAGAGAAGCCUCAAGAUUAGGCAGACGACCAAAGCGUUUGAAAGAUGUCAGUGGUGAACAUGGUAAAUCUCAUGGUAAUCUUCCAAUUGCCCCAUAUCCUUCGCCUGCUGAAUUGUAUCGCCUACGUAUGGCAGAAUUACAAAAACUCCUUCAAGCUAAUGGUACCUUUAAAGCAGAACUUAUGGAGGCCUUUCUAUCUGCAGCUCAGGCAAGUUUUCGUGAUCAUGCUAAACAGCCCUCAACAUCUGAGAAUUCUACAGCACCAACAUCUCAACAACAACAACAACAACAACAUCAACCACCACCACAACAACAGCCUCCCACCCAGUUCGCAUCGCCUAAUAUGCCUGUCACUACAGUUGAGUCUGGCUAUUCAAGUCUCAGUAGUCCAGCUAGUUCCAAAAGCCAGUCUCCUUCUCAGGACCCCAAUUUACUGCUUGGUAACGGCAUGAAUUUUAUGGACAAUCUGGGAUUGUUCAAUGUUCCGUCACUUGAUGGUAGUCCAUCCAUGACAUCUCCUAUGGAUUCAGUUGGCUCUAAUCAGAUAGACUCAAAUGUGCUUUCUCCAAUUCCUGAUGGAUUGAAUCUGGAUGCAUGCUUUAAUGAAUUUCUAAAUAUGGAAUCGGUAUCAAUCAAAUCGGAACCCGUCUCAUCACCAUCGUGUUGCCAACUGCAAUUGGGUGUAAUAAAUAAUGAUUAUAUGGAAAGAGCGCUAAAGGAAGUCAAACUGGUGCCAUCAGAUACCAGACGUCACCUUAUAGAACAGGUUACAGAUACUGUGAUUGCAGCACACAUGUUAACGUGUAUAAACUCACACCAAGCUGUUGAAGAAGCUAAUAACAAAAUAAAUAAAAUGUUGAUCUCUGACCCUGCAUUUGCACACCAUUGUGCCGAACCCUCUUUUAUAUGGGGUAAAUUCCUGAAACAGAUGGUACCAGAGUUAACAAAUGUUGUCAAGUUCUGUAAAAAACUACCAGGAUUUUUAGAAAUAGAUCAAGAGGAUCAGAUUAAACUGAUUAAACAGGGAUCAUUUGAGGUUCUGCUUGCACGGUUUUCCAUGUUAGUAAGUCCUGAAACUAACGAGAUGAUAGAUCCAACACUUUCUGUAAGGUGUUCUAGGGCUGUUGUUGCAGAAAUGCCAAUGGGUUUUCUUUUUGAUGAGUUUUUCAAUGUGUCAGAACAGUUUAAUCCCUUAAAGUUAACAGAUGGGGAAAUUGGUUUGUUUACAUCUUUACUAAUUAUUUGUCCAGAACGCCAAAAUUUGAAAAAUAAACGAGCUAUUAAAAAGAUUCAGGGUUUAUUCCAGCAAGCAUUGUUUUUGAUGAUGAAGCGAAAUCAUUCAGAUACCGAUCAUAUGUUUAUGAAACUUCUGACCAUGAUACCGAUGUUUCAAAAAAUAAACGAUCAACACUCGACGGCCCUGAAUAAUAUCAAGAUGAAUGCUCCUGAUGCUUUUGAAAAAGAAUUUGAGCCCUUGCACAAAGAAGUGUUUGACACGUCUAUGUAAGACUUGUCAGUGAAUGGAGAAUUAUUGUUACUAAGAGAGAAUAUUUGUUGAAAAGAUUUGUGUGGAUAUUUCAGUGUUGAUUAUACUAUAUGUAACAUAUUUUAAUCAUCGUUAUUUUUAAUGGAAUAUUAGAAACGUACGUUAAGUGGUGGAGACUAUGACGGACAUUUUAUGUGAUCAGGGCUGAAGACAUGGAUGUAUUGAAAAUAGCUUUUUCUGUGUGCAGGAUUUCUUUCAAAACUUUCUGAAUUCGAGUUUGGUUCUGGCUUAGCUGUGCUUCUCGACCAUACGUUUGAACAUGUUUCUUCUACUAUGAGAUGCAUCAAGAUGAGGAUAUCUAUUAUAGGGCAACAAAUAUAAAAGACACGGAAGAUAUUACAUUGGUUGAUUUAUGUACUUUGACAAUUCAGGCGAUUCAGAGAGAAGUUUGUUUUUUUUGUUUUUAUUUGUGUAACAUACUGGAAUAUAAUAAUUGGAUUGCAUUUUAAUCAAUUUAUGUACUAGCUACAUAUAUGGUCAAUAAAGUAAGUUGUUAUGAUUUUUAACAAAAACAAUGAGAAAUGAAUUUUGUUACAUAUGUAGUCAAAAGUAAUUAAAUGAAACAGAUGGUAUUCAUGAAAUAUUUGUUACUUGUUUUGUUCAUUUAUUCUUUUAACAUACUUGUAUUUUAACAUUACUAUUGGUAAUAACAUUUUUGAGACUUGUUUUUUUCAUUUCUUCGUAAAUUUUAGUAUUAAAUGCACAACUAUAUGAUAUUUACCGUUGUGCCUGAUAGAUUGGUCUCUUACAACGUGCCGAAUGAAAUUUACAUUAAUUACAGCAAAGAUUGUACAUGCACAAUUUGUCAACUGUUAAGCUUUCAAUUGUAAAUUUUAGCAAAUGGUUUAUUCUACAGCUACUCUAUUUUUGUUCUAUUUCAUAUUCAUAAUACAUUGUAGCCCAAAUUGGACAUUUCUUUGCAGAGGCAUAAAAGUCUCCACUUCAAAACUUCAUGCUAGGAAAUCUUCAUGAAAUUUUACUUGCAUGUCAUCAACAAUGAAAUUCAACCAUUGGCUUAUUGAAACACACACCCGAAAAACAAAAAUACAAAAUUAGUGAGUGUAUUUUAAGGGCAAUAAUAACUAAAUUUCAUUUCAGUGCUGGUCUGACAAUAAUAGUUGCUAUAAGAUGGCUAUUCUGUCAAAAUCAGACUAGACUGGAUUGGCCAAAUGCAAAGAUUUUCAACAUGUAAAUCAAAAUAACUACAACUCAUUGAACUCCCACCUGACCUUUAAUAACUAAUGGUGAUAUAUUUUUAAAAAAAAAAAUACAAGACAGACAUAUUGAUAUGAUUAAGAACAGAUACUAAUUUUCAAACACAGGUUUUUGGCGAAGAAAAAAUCACAUGUGUUUACAGUUUUCAUAUCAGAGUAUUAACAGCAUCAGUACGCUAUAUAUCUACACGAUCAUGCGAGUGAUGGACAUUUAUCAAACAUGAUAUGCAGUUUAAUUUGAACUUAGUCACUGCUGGAUUUCAAAAUCAUUUAAAACGGAAAUACCAAAACACAAAUCUGUUCGAAUGUUCUAAAAUUAUCGCAGAGUGACAUCCCUUUAUAAAAAAAAACAAAUCGAAAGAGAGCAACGUUUUAUCUUGUCAUGUCCCAAUGUUUUCAUAACCUAAAAAUUGUAUUCUUUGUUUUUUUCGUCCUUAAAACAAGCAAAAAAAACCUGUCAAAAAUCACGAAACAAAGAAUUCAAGAAAGAUAUUUUGGGCUACAAUAUCCAUAAACUCCUCCUGUUUAGAAUUUAGAGGACUGUUAUUGCUCAUUUGAUUCCUCUUAGAGGCAUUCAAUCGCUAAUGAUUUAAGCAGUAUCAAACAAGCAAUAACAGUCCUCUAAAUUCUAAACAGGAGGUGUUUAUCUCCUUAUUGAUAUUUUAGACAAUUUUUGUGAAGUUGACAUAAUUUUUGAAGCUUUAAGAUUGUCUUCAUGUAGAACUUAAUUCUUGUAUUAAUACAUAUAAAUAUUAUAUGUGCUUUUGAUGUGUGGUUGUUGCUUAUUUAACUAUAUAUUAGUGACAAAUUCUUGAUAUUUCCCCAAUAGAGUAAUUUCUGACAUUUCUAUACAACUGAUUUAAAGUUAUUUAUUGUGAUGGACGAGUUAUCUCCCUUACUUAUAUGCUCACACGUAGCCAGUAACUGCUUUGAAUUUAAUUGAAUUGAAAAGUUAAUUAUUUGAAUUUUUUUCUUUUGAAACUGAAUUAAAAGUAGAUAAGGUAUGGAUUAGCUUACACACCACCCAUUAAAGAUCAGGGUUGUAAUAACUUAAAACCUGACAUGCAGUUAAAUAUAGAGUUUUAAUUAAACCACAAUCUAAAAAUACUUGUUUUAGCAUCUUGGUAGAAAUAGAAUCGUAAUUAAAGGAUGUAAUAUGUCAACAUACCUAGCUAAAAAAAAAUAUUUUCAGAGACAUAGGUUAAAGCUAGAAUAAAGAUAUAGAGAGCUGAAGACCAUACACAAUCUAAGUUAGGCCUACUGAUUUAAUUGGUGUAGAUGCUACUUAAAGUUAAUCACCACUUUUGACAAAACUCUUAGGCAGAAAUACUGGGCAUCAAUUUCUGCUCAAUAAUAACUUCAAAUACAUUUAUAUUAUUGUGUUCACUGUUCACGUCAUUGUUAGAGGUGCUUUAAAUGGAACAUAUCUUCUUAGUAUUUAUUUUAGGUUUUUUUAAAGUCUACUAUUAAUAACUUUAAUUUUUUAAUGGAAACUGAGUCUUGUGUGAAUAAAACAUUGUCAUAAUUAACUUCCUGGAUGAGUUUAUUUUUACAGAUAAUAGCUGUAUCAUUGACUUAAACAGUGUAUGUCUGUAUUAGGCUUAUAUCGGCAUAUACCUUUACUCAGCUGAAACCAAACAAAACUAAGAAAAUUCAAAAAUUAGGUUCUAUGCACUUCUAAUGGUAAAUAAUCUAAUGUAGAAGGCAUAAUUAAUCUGUUUUAAACUAACAACUAAACAUGGAAAAAGAAAAAUGAUGCACUUUGUUGUAAGCUGCCUGUAUUGCUAUGUACAUUUGUUUAGGAUUUUUUGUAAAUAGCUUUGUUGAUAAUUGUAGCUAUUGUUAUUAAUAAUCGUUAUAGAUAAUAUACAUAUAUAUAUAUAUAUAUACACCUGCAUCAUCAUGUGCUAAUUAUUGUUAGAAGGCUUCUAAUUUAGACACAACCUUAGUUGUACUUUUAACUAUUUUCAAAUUUCUAUUUUUAAUACUAGAAGAUUGUUUGUAAAUAUCAUUAUUUAGAGGAGUAUAAUGACUUUGAUUUAGGUCAAAAUAAAGUGUUAAAUUUGGUAAACAGCAGAAGUUGAUCUCUUUAAAUUUUUUACUUUGAUGCUUUGCUUGAACUUUUUAAAACGAAAGUUGGCACUAUCAAUGGACCUUAAAUUUUAUAUGUAAAAAGAUACCCGCAUUGAAAAAUAAAUCAACACUUUAAAUUUAAUUGUAUUGACAAUUUUAGUUUGAUAUUUUUAAGUCGUGUAAUUUUUUAAGUAUUAAGAUAUUUGACAUGAAGUAAGGAAAUUUUUUUAAUCUGCUCCUAAGCUUGAUAUUAAUAUCAGAAUUCAUAAAAGUUUAACUUAGCUAAAUAAAUGAUUUGCAUAGAGGCCAAAAUCGAACCUUUUCUUUAUUGAAACUUAGAUUUAGUAUGGUAUGUACUGUUGUAGCUGGCUUGCUCUAAAUCAUUUUGCUUGUUCAAUGACCAGGUUUUGUGAGAAUAGUGACUAGAUAUAGUUCACCCUACUUAUAAAAUGAAUAUUUUUUCAAACUUGGUGAGGUUGUUCAUUAGGGUAUAAGAAUUUUGGAUCAAAAUUGCAGGCAGGUUUUUCCUGGGUGCAUUUUGAUAUUUUUAACUUGUGAAUGAAUACAGGACAAGCUUUAUUGAUGAAAUUUUUUAAACUUGCAGGGUUGUCCAUUUUAGACUUAAGAGGAAUCCUAUCUAAGUUAAGAACUUUUUAAAUGUAACAAGCCUAGUGUUCCUCCUGAUGAUGUUUUCUAAACAGGUGAUGCAAGACAAAGUUCUUGACAGAUUUUUUUUUUAUCUAACUCCGCGGGAUUUGUUGACAGUCAUUUUGCAUAAUUUCUUCUUCUACUAGAGUCCCGACAUGAAAUCAAUUUCUAAUGCAUUUAAAGUUAACUUUGAAACAGUGGUUGAUGAAGGUUUUUUGAUUUCAGGAAAAAUGAAUUUUAGAAAGUUGUGGAAGUGCUCAAUUGUUAGAAUGAUUUUAGAAUUUUGGAAUAAUCUAUUUAAGUUUCAAUAUUUAAAUGGUUUGAUUAUCUAUGUUAUAUAUCUGUUGUAGAUUACUGGAGUUGACCAUUCUUGUUAUUAUUUUAUCUAGGAUGUUGUGUUGAUUAGAUUAGUAUUGUUCAAUCUUUAAAGAAUUAUAAACUAUAUAUCAGAAACAAGAAUUAUAUUGUUUCGUUAAUUGUAUUUUAUUAAUGUGUCAUGCAUAUAGAUACAUAUACGGUAUUUUUAAUCAAUAUCAUGCUCAAUGUAUUUGCCAAAUUAAGGGAAACACUUUUGAAGUAAAAUUUAUUUUAUUUAGAUACAGUUCAAGCUUGCCAUUACUGCAUUUUUCAGUUUGCAUACACUGUUAACAAUGAAAUGAAAUCAUAAAUUUUACAUGUGUUACAUGUGCUAAGUAUUUUAUGUUGAAAUAUUACGUUCAAGCAUAAUGUGUAUUGAUAUAACAUAAUGUUCAGGGAGAUAUAUAAAUGGCUUUUGUCAAAACUAAUUGUAUUAACAUUUAUAUGAUCAUUUUAUCAUAACAGAUGUGUUUGAUUGCUCUUUUAUUAUUAGCUAUAGAUUGCCUAAAACUUUGUCUUAUCGAAUGAUUGGAUGAAAAGAUUGUCUGUGUUAUAAGAUAAAUAAAAGUAGGGAUGCAUGGCGAUCAAUCUAAACCUUAGGCUACUACCAUACUGUUGUAACGUUUUGAUGAUAGUAUAUUUAUAACAAUUAAUAAUAACACAUACAUAUGUGUAUUUUAUAAGCUAAGAAAAUUAAGGGGAAUAUUUAAAUUAAUGUUAAGUUUAUUUAUCAGUGGUCCUGUUAGCUACAAGAACUUGCUAAAAACCUGGUAUAUAAGAUGAGUAUAUAAGAUGAGUUUGCUUUUAGCAACUCACUGAAAAGAAGUAUAAAACUUUGGCACCGUUUUAAACAAACAAUGUCCAGUGAAAAUGAAUUUUGGAAUCGCAGACCGCCAUGACUAAUUUAAGUUUCCCAGUGUACAAAUUUCAGGUGGGUUUUCUUUUUAAAAAUUGGUUCAUGGCAUGUAGGAAAUUUAACAAAAACAAAAGGUAUUGUAGCACUUAUAACAAGAUUGAUUCUUUACUUGGAUAGGGUCUAGCUUUAUAUCACUAGGCUAUUUGAUAAAAAGCUACAUGCGUAGUGUUAUUAUUUUUUAGCACUUGAGAUGAUUUAGUUUAAAAUGGAUAAGCGAGAAUUAUGCUGUGGAUAAUUAUGUAUAUCUGGUUUCAAAUUUGCUUUCUGGAUUAUAUGGUACAACAUGUAGGCUGUGUGAAAACGGUCUUUCUAUGACAUUCAGCUCUUUAUUUAGCUUUCUAGCUUUAACCAAACUACAAAUUUCAUUAAUAAGAGCUCUUUGAGGAGCAAGAUAGAGGAGUGGGAGUGUUAUUGGCAUGGAGGCUCUACAUAAUAUUUGAAUUAAUUUCCAAAAAUAUUUGCUGUAUCAAUAUUGUUCGACAGUCAUAAGUGUGAAGUGGAAGCGUUGUAGUUCAUGUGUAAUAAAUGAUGGAGAGACUCAUUAUCAACUGCUGUCUAUUAUCAGGUUUAUCAUCUACGUCAUAAUAGUAUGAUGAUUAUUGUUUAUAUUGAUUAGCAUACUAUUUAAAACUGCUGCCUGUAUUUUACAUUAGCUUAACAUUAGUACUUUUUAAAUUAGAUACAUUAGUGCUUUAUCAACAGAUCAUAGAACUGUUUUUUUGUUGUUUUUUUUUUGUUCAACACAAGUUUUACUUGAAUUUAAAUCACCUGUUGCUAGAAAUCGGGGUAAAACUGGAAAGUAAUACUGAUUUCCUUUUUGACACUGAAUAAAAAUACAGUAUCCAAAUAAUAUGUUGGAAAAUAGUGAGUUACAAAUUUUAUUAAUUCUUCAGUUGAACAAAAAAUAUAUUGCUCAGGACUUCUGAGUUGACAAGGUUAAGAAAAGAAGAUAGUGUUUCACAAAAAAGAAAAAUUGUUCAGGUUUAGAUGUGGUGUCAAUUGUUAUCCAGAAUGCUGAAAUUGUUUUUCAUUGUUUCAAGGGAGAUAACUACGGCAAGAAUACUGCGACCUGGUCCAAUAUUAAUGAUGGAACAAAUGAGAUUUAGCUAAGCUUUAUAUAAAACAAAAGAAUGCCUUCUGUAUUCGUUCUGUGAUCUAUAUUACUCAGAUAUGUGUUCAAUGUGUUUAUUAUGUGGUUAAAAUAUAAAAUAUCUAAAUAUGUUACAAUCCAAUCAUACAGUUGGGCAAAUUAACAUAAUGGAUUUACGUCAAUACACCCAGAGGGACUUCCAAGUACUUUAAUAGAAUUUUCACUAAUACCCUUUGUGAUAUUUUAACUCAUUGAAUUGAAUUGAAUAAUAUAUACAUGUACCCGUAUUUUACACGGAUAUGUAUAGUGUACAGUGAUUACACCUAUAUUUUCAGUGAAUGCAUAAUUUAACAAUAUAUACGAGAUAUACAUAUUUUAUUUGUUCAUAUAUUAUAACAAGAGACCCUUAGUUACGGUUUCCAACUUAAAUUACCUAUUAGGUAGCUUAUUGUUACCCACUAACAACGUGUUUAAAUACAAACAUAUGUAAUAGUUCAUAUUAUUAUUAUUUGUUGUAUAUAUUCAUCUCUCUUUUUCUGUGUAUUAUUAGACCUACUAAUAUAAUGAAGUGACAAUUAUGUUUUUGCUUUUUGUUCUCCAUAAUGAUUUAAUGUAAGAAAGUAUGGUAUUUUUGUGGCAUACUAUUUUGCUGUAUUUGGGUAAGCCUGCCAUUACUGUACAAAUAAUGCAUCAAUAAAAAUGUCUUUAUAAAA